AUGUUUGGCCUUCUUGUGGCUGCCUCUUUUCUUGGACACCCUGCUGGGGUGAGAUGCAGAGUAGCAGACUUUACACCCUUCCUCAUCACAUCUUUCCAUUCAUUGGUGCCCUUGCCUGUCAUCUCAUCCUCCACUACACCUGUUUCUGUCAGUGACUACUAUAACAGAUUUGGUGGUACAGCUCAAGGAAGUGCAAAUUAUGGAUCUGGUACGGGAGUAAUUUGGCUCGAUGAGGUAAACUGUUUGGGAAAUGAAAUUUCAAUUGACCAGUGUGAGAAGAAUGAAUGGGGGGAACAUAACUGUGUACAUUCUGAAGAUGCUGGUGUUAAUUGCACUAUUUCAAUUACACAAAUUUUCACAAGUCCAAGAGUUCAUACAACUCAGCAAAUAGAAAGUACAAGAGUUUCAACAACUCCAUCAACAAGCAUGCAUGACUCUGUAAUCAUACAACUUGUGGGAAGUAAUGAUGGUUCAGCUGGUCGUGUUGAGAUCUUCUAUCAAGAACAGUGGGGCACAGUAUGUGAUGACCAAUGGGAUAAUAAUGAUGCUCGUGUCAUUUGUCGUAUGUUGGGAUUCAGUGAUGGUACUAGCACUGUGGGUGGAAGUUAUGGACCUGGUAAUGGCAGUAUUUGGUUGGAUGAGGUGAAGUGCUCAGGAAAUGAACAAUCUAUCACAGAAUGUACUUCAAGCCCUUGGGGUAGUACUGACUGCAAACACAGUGAAGAUGCUGGAGUCAAAUGUGGAAUAACUUCAGCAACACCAAGUAACCCCCUAUUAGCGAUCCGCUUAGUUGGAGGAAAUACAACAUCAAGUGGGCGUGUUGAGAUCAACUACAAUAAUAAAUGGGGUACUGUAUGUCAUGACAAAUGGGAUGAUAAUGACGCUCGUGUUGUCUGCCAUAUGCUGGGAUAUAGCCAUGGCAUUGCUUUCAAUGCUGCAAAAUAUGGAAUGGGGUCUGGCGAUAUUUGGCUUGAUGAGGUCAACUGUACAGGGUCAGAGAAUUCCAUUGCUGAUUGUCCCAAAAAUUCCUGGGGAGUUCAUGAUUGUCACCAUGGAGAAGAUGCUGGAGUUGACUGCAGUACAAAUGAAAUUCCUGUAAGAAUUCGUCUUGUGGGAGGUGAGAAUGCAUCUUCAGGUCGAGUUGAAUUAAAUUUAAAUGGAGAAUGGGGUACGAUUUGUGAUGAUGGAUGGGAUAAUAAUGAUGCUCUUGUGAUCUGCCGGAUGCUUGGUUAUGUUGAUGGUAUUGGUUUAUCAUAUGGCUGGUAUGGUGCAGGAACAGGCAAGAUCUUUUUAGAUGAAGUAAAUUGUGUAGGGAAUGAGACAAAUAUUAUUUACUGUAAAAAACAAGCAUGGGAAUCAAGCAACUGUGAUCAUGGUGAAGAUGCCUCAGUCCAAUGUUUUUCACAGAAAGCUAUGACGGUUGCACCUUCAAUAGCUUCUGAUGUAUCUGUGCGACUAGCUGGAGGUAAUUCUCUGAGCAGAGGACGUGUUGAAAUUCAUUACAAUGGACAGUGGGGUACUAUAUGUGAUGAUUCAUGGGAUGAUAGAGAUGCACAAGUUGUUUGUAAAAUGCUUGGUUAUGUAGAUGGGUCUGCUAGUAGAACAUUUCAAGCAGGAACUGGACCGAUAUGGCUUGACCAGGUUGAAUGUCAAGGAAGUGAGGCAUCAAUAGAACAAUGUGUAAGAAAUCGUUGGGGAAUCCAUGACUGUAGCCAUAGUGAAGAUGCUGGCGUUGAGUGCUCAAUGACUACUAGAAUUUUUACAACUACUCCAAGCAAUAGAGGAGCUCAAGGAAUACAACAAGCUCGUCUCAUUGGUGGAAAUAAUUUCACUGUUGGUCGUUUAGAGGUGAUGAUAAAUAAUGUUUGGGGAACAGUAUGUGAUGAUAACUGGGAUGAUCGUGAUGCCACAGUUGCAUGCCGCAUGCUUGGCUUCAGUAGUGGGAUUGGAUAUAGAAAUGCGAGGUUUGGAAGUGGUACUGGUCAAAUUUGGCUAGAUGAACUGAAUUGCACUGGAACAGAAAUCUCCCUGUCUCAAUGUGUAUCUUCAAAUGCUGGUGUACAUGAUUGUUCCCAUUUAGAAGAUGCUAGUAUGCAAUGCUUUAGAAGAGAAGCUACAGAACCAACUAUAGGCACAGCAAGUAUCCGUUUAAUUGGUGGUCAAAACACAAAUGAAGGACGUGUUGAAAUUUACCAUCAAGGACAGUGGGGCACCAUCUGCAAUAAUAACUGGGAUAUGAAGGAAAUCAUUGUUGCAUGCAGAAUGUUGGGAUUCAAGAAAGGGAAUAUGCUUAACAGAAUUAUUCCAGGCAUUGGAAUAAUAUGGUUAUCAAAUGUUGAUUGUAGUGGAAGUGAAAUAUCUUUGGAGCAAUGCAGUAAGAGUGAUUGGGGUGUACAUGAUUGCCAACAUGAACAAGAUGUAGCUAUUAUUUGUCAAUAG